AUGGAGGGCUCAGCGGCGAGGCUGUCAGUGCAGGAGCAGCAAGGGGGGGAGGCAGCGCAGGCAGGGGCACGAUCCCUGCAGCAGGCGGAGGAGGAGGCGAGACGGCAGGUGGACCCGUCUGUCUUCCUCAUCCUCCUCAACUGCGCCUCACCAGGCGUCCCUGAGGAACAGACCGGAAGUGCCGGCGGCGGAGGCAACGCGCCGACUGGAUCGGAGGGAGCGCAGGGGCCGCAGGCGCGACCGCGGUCGCAAAUGGGUGGACCGGUGGGAUAUCAGCGUAGCGCCUUGUGGCAAGGCACGGAGGACGAGGCGAUGAUGCAGCGCUGGAAAUACACUUAG